AUGGGAGAUCGCAAACUAAAGAACAUUCUAGCACAAAGGGAUUUAGAAUGUACAAAAUUAGAAGAUCUAAAAAGGAUCGCAGAUUAUGCAUUAUCAGAUAUAGAGGUACAUCGAAAUUUUAAAUGCAGGUACAAAUAUAUCGAAGAUAUUUUGAAAAGUUUUGAGACAUUUAACACUGCUAUAGUUUCAAUUGUUUCGGGAACUGAAGGUGGGGAUCUCAAGCCGCAUUAUGAUGCUUUGUCUACAUUUAGGGAUAAAUACUACAGAGUUCAGGCUAUUUACUCUCAAUUAUUCGAAGAUAAAUUGGAAACUUCCAAAUCAGAGGAAGAAAAUUCAUCACAUAGUAAGGUUAGAUUGCCAAAGUUGGAGUUGCCGACGUUUGAUGGCGAUAUAAGAAAUUGGCAAACGUUUUGUGACGUUUUCGAAUCUUUAAUUCAUAACAACCCAACCCUAUCAAAUGUUGAUAAGUACAGCUAUUUGCUAUCUUGUCUAAAGGGAAAUGCGCUUUCAGUUGUGAAAUGUACCCCCUUAACUGGUAAUAAUUAUAUUAUCGCCUUUAACGCUCUCAAAAAACGUUAUGAAAAUAAGAGAUUGAUAGCAACGGCUCAUUGGCACACUAUUACCAAAUCUAAACCUGUUAAUGUUAGUGAAAAUCCUCGCGCACUACGAAAUUUAAUUGACACUUUUUCUGAAAAUUUGAAGGCCUUGGAAAAUCUCAAGUUUCCGUCAAGGAGUGGGAUUUUGUAA